UCCCAAGAUUUCAGUUCAACGUGAACAAACGUUCCGACAACACCAAAUAUUAUUGAUAUUUUCGUUUUCCUAAUUUUGCAUUUAAGUAAAUUUCGCUGAAAAUAAUAGUUCAAAAUUUUAGUUGAAACAGUAUGGUUAAUAAAUAUAAUUCUAGUGAUUCUACCACAUCAAGCCAGAGCUCUCUCCAACCGAAUGGUAAAUAUGGGAAAACUGCGAAAAGGGCAAAGGGCAAGGCGAAGAAGCCAAGGAAAAGCUAUGAUACCAAAAAGCCCAAGGCUAACCUCAAGAACAAGAUAUCAACUGUCUUAAAGAAGAGAUCUUCGAUUUGGCAGAGUGACCAAUUGGAGAAGCCCUUGAAGCAAAAGACCACGAAGUCCAGGAAACCGAAGGUCGAGAAGCAAGUUGUAGAACCACUAGAAGAAAAAGUUUCAUAUGACGAGCAGAUAGAGCCUCCCAAUCAAUUGCAAAGCGGACCAAAUCGAGCUGUCCCAAGGAAAGUCGAGCCUGAGGAAGUAGAGUCUACUGACAAUACAAAUGACAGGGAACUAAACUGGGUAGAAUGGCUAACUACAAAUAAAGAUUGCAAGCCUCCGAAGCCGCUACAGGACUUUCGAACCAAAGUUAUGGCAGAAUUUUCGAUGCCAAAGAAAGGAUUCUCAAAUCAACAGAAGAGCAUUAUAAUGCCGGAUUCCCGUUAUCCACGUCGAGAUGUGCUUGUUGAAUCUACAUUACCGAACGGUUUACAAGUUCUGGCAACCCCAAAUAUUAAUAAUACAAAUUAUUUGGAGUCCCGGCAGCCAAUGGAUUUAGAAGUGCGCCGGUGUCCAGCUCCUGAUGUUUCAACUAGGAAGCACGAGGCAGACGAAGAUGAUAAUGAAGAUCCCUUUUAUAGACCGAGAACAUUAAUAAAUGAAGGUCAAAAUGGCUUGAGCCCCAGGCCAAUUCAACGUGAUCAAGAUACUUUUGCCCAGAUGCAAUUCGUGAAGCAGAAGCCCACCAGGAGCCGAGAGCCUGAACCAGUUUCACCGAUCGCUGAAUCAACCCGAUCUAUUAUCGAACAUAGGCCCCAGCAUUCCAGGCAUUCAUUCAAUGAGACCGAUUCCGACAUAUUGCAUAGUCAUAACGAGCCACCUACUAAAUUCAAACUUGACCAGAAAUGCAAAACCAAGGCUAAGAAGGCUAAGCCUAAGCAGAAAAAGCAAAAGAAAUCGAUGCCGAAGAAAAAAAAGGCGCCGAUAUUAAAACAAAAGCCUGGAAUCAAGUUGGGAAAAAGAAAGCGAUCAAAAAGGCUCUGGCCAAGAAGCGAUCCCUGGAGAAGAUAAAUCCAACCAGACCUUGGUUUCUCCGGUGGAUAUGGCCCAGCUUCAGUGUCUCUGAGUAGGAGUAAUAAGUUCUUUUUCAGAUGGGAUUGCCACUCUGCCAGGCUGCACCUGUAGUUGGCUGAAAACUUUGCCAUUAUCUUUGGCCGUAGAGGAGGGUGGAGGUAUUGCAGCAUCCGGCAGCCAUUUUGCUUUCCACCUGUACCAGGACAAUUGAAAUUUAAAGCCGGAAGUUUAUUAUGGCAACAAUGGGAACUCUGUCGUUCAAGAAACGCUGACCAGAACUAGUUCUCGCCGUGCAUUGUGCGCGGCAACGUUUUUGUUUGAAAUUAAAUCCCAGUGAAGAGUGAACUGACGCUCUAAUUGUUGUCCGGGCAUCCCAGCUUCUGUUGUUCCCCGGUUAUCUGCCCCGGGGCACAGGCUCUUGUUUUCAUUUCUAAAUAUAUAAAUUUACCUAACUA